AAACCCACCACUUGUACCAUCAAAGAAAGAAAACACAGAGAAACAGUCCUGUCUUAAAUCGUGGCCGUAUCCAAAAGAGUUCUCAUUUCUGAUUCUUGAUUGGUCUAACCUUAAUCAAGAAGAUAUGGUUUGUUUCUGUUUCCUGGUGGAUCAGAAGAGGAAAGUGAAGAGGAGCAAACCCGCGGCAGGAACUUGCUCACGGUGUGGCCAUGGCGCGAGCAUCGCCGACAUGAAGACGUCGACGAGAUUUUGCUUCGUUCCAAUUUACUGGAAAUCUUGGAGAGCCGUCGUUUGCAGUUUCUGUGGCUCUGUUCUCAAGUCUUACCGUUAAAUUUACUUUUUUUUUUUCUAUUUUAUAACCACUAGAUUUUCGUUACAAGGUUAUACUUUUUUUUUUGUUACUAGGUUAUACAUAGUUAUAACGUAACAUAUAAAUAUAUAUGUUUGUGUGUGGGUUGUAUAGAGAUCAUAAGUUUUCUUUUGAAUAAAAAUCUACGAGUGUACGUGCAAGAGUAUUUUCUUGGCAUGUUGAAAUCUAUUGUAAAUAUUAAAU